UCUCCCAUUUCUCCGCCAUAUAAAUCAUUCGUAUAUACAUAUAUUUUAUAUUUCAGAGAGAGAGAGAGAGAGAGAGAGAGAGAGAUGGGGCAUCACUCGUGCUGCAACAAGCAGAAGGUGAAGAGAGGUCUGUGGUCACCAGAGGAAGACGAGAAGCUCGUCAACUACAUCACCACUUAUGGCCAUGGAUGCUGGAGCUCUGUUCCCAAACAUGCAGGUCUGCAAAGAUGUGGAAAGAGCUGCAGAUUGAGGUGGAUUAAUUACCUGAGACCCGAUCUUAAACGUGGAAGUUUCUCUCCUCAAGAAGCUGCCCUUAUAAUUGACCUCCAUAGCAUUCUUGGUAACAGAUGGGCUCAGAUUGCCAAGCACCUACCAGGGAGAACAGACAAUGAAGUGAAGAAUUUCUGGAACUCUAGCAUUAAGAAGAAGCUCAUGUCUCAUGAUCAUCACCAUCGCCAUCAUCAUAUCUCUUCCAUGGCAAGCUUGAUCACCAACUUUCCUCACCAUCACCAUCAUCACCAUAAUGGGUUCAUGAACAAUGUCAAUACCCAUAACAACGGCGAGGAAGCAUCUGGAUUCUUCUCCCUCCUCACAAACACAAACCCUAGUUUCAUCACUCCCAACCACAUUGAUCCUCUCUAUCUCCCUCCUCCUGUUUUUACUCCAGUUAUGUUCCAAAGCUUUGGCCAUGUAGAUUUCAAGUUUAACGACUCAAGCCAAGUUCAAAACCUUUACAAUCCUGAUAAUUUGGUCAUCGCACCAACAAAUCACCAUUCUUUUCUUCCAUCUGAUUAUGAUCCUCAUAUAACGACCCUUCCAGAUUCAGAUUCAUCUUCCGCAUUUAAUCAUCAGCCCCCAUGGGCAUUACCAGAUCUCCCAGCCUCCAUUUCUGCCACUUUCCAAGAAACCCAAGUCGUUGAAUCGUUUCAAGAUUAUGUUGGACAUGACGACAAGCUCAUCAUCGAUCCAAUGGUCUCGCUAUCACCAUACGACGAUGACCCUCUUCAUCAUUCCUUGGUCACCACCACAGUGAUCCCAAACACAGUUUCAAAGUUAUCAGAAGAGGUUCUUGACGGGAAAGCAACAUCCCACCCUCGUGACUUGCACCUGCCUGCGGCGGAUCAUGACGACGACGAUGAUGAUGAUCAUCAAGUGGAUUCAUACAUCAACUCUAUGAUCAUGCCAUCAUUGCAAUCAUCCUCCUCCUCAUCGCCGAUCUCCAGCAGACAGUACGUUGCAACAGUACCAAACCCUAGUACUACUACAACUACAAUGUCUAGGUGGGAUCCCUAGACAUGGAUAUUUGAAACAUAGAAUUAUAAUCUGCAUAUUAUAUAUAUAUAUAUAUAGGGAGAAAAAUAUAAAUAAUAAAUCCAUGUGUUGAAAAACCUUUACUAUAUAGCAUCUCGUAUAAGGAAUGGUAUCUGUUCAUUAAAUAUUUUCGAAAUGUCAUUGUCGGAGAAGACAACCUAAAAUGUUACUAGUUCAGGUUAUUUGUGUGAGUAAUGAAGAGCUAUUGCAGUGUUCUUCAAUAACUACAUAUAUGUAAUAAUCCUUUUUAUUUAUACUUGACCGCAUACACACACAUAUAUAUAUAUAUUCGCGUAUGUAGGUAUAUGUGUAUGUAAAUGCGCUAUGUACUUCUCGUCGCCUACACAUGUGUUUGUGUACAUAUGGUCAGUUUGUUUUGUCUCUAGCGAAAGAAUACUUUUGUUCUGUUCUGCAUCUUUGAUUUGUCACCUCUCUCUCUGUGA